CUUCUUCCAGGCGGAAUCCCUGAGCCCUGCUCUGCCAUAACCUCAAAGCCAGCUGCUGCCUGCCGUCCCUCCCCAUCCACCACUACGAAACCCUCCAGGACGCGGCUGGAGGCAGCGCGCUGACUGAUCGCCUCGAGCAGGCUGUGGGCUCGCAGCAGCAGCUCGCUGCCUCUGACAUCACUCACGGAGCUCACAUCCCACUCCGAGCUCCGUUCGUUAGUCGGUCCAUCGGUCGGUAGAGGAGGCAGGAGACGCUGCGAAGAGGAUCGGUGAGGAACAGAACGAAACAGAGGGGCUACAUCAUGAAAUUCUUCCCUGCUUAUUACUUGCUGCCUCUUUUUCCUGCGCUGGUCUUCAGUGCUAGACAGGGCUAUGAAGAACUGGAGAGACAGCUGAAGGAAGUCUUUAAGGAAAGGAGCAAUAUUCUUCGUCAACUGUCGAAGACUUCUAAAGAACUCGAGGGAAUUAAAGUAAAUCUCCAGUCUUUGAAAAAUGAUGAAGCAUCAGCCAGAAGUGAUGUGCAGAAACUUCUUGAACUGGGCCAAAAGCAAAGGGAAGAAAUGAAAUCUCUUCAGGAGGCCUUUCAAAAGCAGCUUAAUGAGGCAGCUGAGAAGGCAGAAAAGCAGCAAGCUACUAUUAAUUUUUUGAAGACAGAAAUGGAAAGGAAGAGCAGAAUGAUCCGGGACCUCCAAAACGAGAACAAAAGCCUCAAAAACAAGCUGCUGUCAGGAAACAAGCUUUGUGGUAUUCACGCAGAAGAGUCAAAAAAGAUCCAAGCCCAGCUGAAAGAACUUCGCUAUGGCAAAAAAGAUUUGAUUUUCAAGGCACAACGGCUAACAGAUCUGGAACAGAAACUAGCAGCUGCAAAAGAUGAAUUGGAAAAGGCAGCCCUUGACAAGGAUUCACAGCUGAAAGCUCUCAAGGACACUGUGCAGCUUUGCCUGUCCUCCGUUCUGCACAAUCAGCCUCCCGCUAUACAUCGAAUCCCUUCAAAACCAGCAGAGAAGCUGACAUCCUCAGCUACAAAGGGCUCAAAAGUUCCAUUUCCAGUGAUAAGCACCAAGCAAAAUGCCUCAGCAGAGAAAGAGAGUCUGCACAUGGCCUCAAGAAAGGAAGAAAACCAGAGUGUGCAGGAGUGCGAUACUCGGGAUGUUGGCAAGACGUGUUUGGGGAAUUACAAUAAUUCAACAUCUCGUUUGAAGACAGCAGAAACAGAGACAAGCUUGCAGCAGAUGCUGCGCAACCCUCCAUGGACUAAACCUGAAGACAAAAAAUCACCUGAAAAAAAUGAGAAAAAGUUUGAAGAUUCUGUUAGCACAAAAGAAAAGAAACUGUAAAUGCCACUAAUACACAUUUACAAACGUUCAUCACUUGCUUCCAACUUCACAUUCUUUUUAGUCCAUAGGCAAGAAGAAACCAGAUUUCUAAAGCAUGCAUUUUUCACUAUUUUAUGAAUGUUUGUUAGCUAGUCUAGAAUAGACCAAUUAGUACCUUUCAGCAAUAAUCCAAAAUGAAUGUUUGAAGAAAUGCUUUGUAAUACAGUCCAGUUUUUGAACUAUUAUUAUAGCUGACUUAGUAAUUAUGUACUAUAAAUUAGUUUCUUUGUUAAAAAAGCCAUUCCCAAGUAUUUUCUCAGUCUGUUCUAUUUAAUGUACCUUUAUGUCAGAUUAGAUUUUAGAUCAAGAAUUAAGGGGCAGUGAAUGCAAAAAAAAAUAUAUUAAAAAUCUAUGUAAACCUAGUCAGAGUACAAUGUAAAUGUAAAGAUGGGACAAUAGGGCUCCAUGUAUACUUGACUCUGAGUAAUAGCAUUUCACAUCUGCUUACUUAAUAAAAUAUCUUUGGUUGCUGUUUUUUCUAACUGCUGUCACUAGUUGUAUUUUGAGCCCUGAACUGUUGUUAGAAAUGCAGAGUUCAAGGUCAGAUGUAGGGAGAGUUGUUUUUAGGAUCCAAGAAAAAAGUUUUGCAAAUGAAACUGAGGUAAAAUUUCUUAGUACCCUAUAUGGAAAUCACUUCCAUCCUUCAUAGUUGCACUCACCUCAGCAAUAUAAAUAUAUUGGAAACUCUGAAAGUACAUUCUGACUACAGCAGAUGACAUGUUGGACACUACAGCAGAGAAGAGCAUUUUAGUUGGCGUGUGUUCUGUGAUUCCUAGGGUUCUUCUGGUUUCUCAUGGGUCAUGUACCCUAUUGCAAGCAGAAAGGAAAAGCAAGAAUGUCAUCUUGCUGUGCAUGUCAUCAUCAGCAGAACACAUGUACGUCGUGAUUGAGAGGGAAACAUUUUGAGAACUAGUGUCUUAGGAGCAAUUCACUGCCUAAUAGAAAGCUUUAGUGCUUUCCUUUUGCAUAUGAAGUGUUUUAAGAAACUGUAACUCCUAAGCUCCCUGUCUACACAGAGCAGUACAUUGCAACAGUUCCUAGAUUGAAAAUAAUAUACUUACAUUAGUUUGCUUUUCCUUCUUCUGAAUCAGAAACACAUUUCACUCUGAUGUUUUAUAUGUGC